CGAUCUCGCGCUCUCACCCUCAUUCUCUUAUUUUCUCUUCUCUUCUCCAUCGCCCCCAAAUCCCAAAAUUCCCAAGAAAUGGAUGAAAAGCUUUCUCAAUUCCUACAAACCCUAGCUUCAAUCCUCCUACUCUUUGCAUUCUCGAGCUCCAAUGCAUCCCCUCAGCAAGGAUUUCCGAGCUAUAUGCGAUUUUCGUUCGAUGCUGUGUUGUUCCCGGUGGAGGCUGAGUAUGAUUACAUCGUGGUGGGUGGCGGAACGGCGGGGUGCCCUCUGGCGGCGACGCUCUCGGAGGGUGGUCACCGGGUUCUCAUCCUUGAGCGCGGUGGAGCACCCCAUGAGUUCCCCUCCCUCGCUACAAUGGAUGGCUUCUUAACUACCAUAUCGUCCGGUUCCUCGGCCCCUGAUUCCCCUGCCCAGACCUUUGUCUCUGAGGAUGGCGUCCCCAAUGCACGCGGCCGCGUCCUCGGCGGCAGCAGCGCGAUCAACGCCGGCUUCUAUAGCCGAGCUCACCUGGGCUUCUUUCAUGGCAGUAGAGUAGAUCCGGGGGGCUUGAGCAUCGAGUGGGACAUGGCGAUGGUGAACGAGUCUUACGAGUGGGUGGAGAGGGCGGUGACGUUCAGGCCGGAGCUGAGGAGCUGGCAAUCGGCCGUGAGAGAUGGGUUGCUCGAGGCCAACGUUACGCCGUACAACGGCUUCACAGUGCACCACGUCGCCGGCACCAAGAUCGGAGCCUCGACCUUUGAUCCAUCGGGGCAGAGACACAGCGCCGCCGAUCUGCUUGCCUCUGCGGUUCCCGAGAACACCCGCGUCGCUCUCCGAGCCAACGUUGAUCGGAUCCUCCUCAACCCCAUUCACGGUGGGCGACGGAGGAACCAGCACGCAGCGAUCGGUGUAAUAUACCGUGAUCGAUACGGACGCCGGCACCACGCGAUGACCCGGCCGUUCGGCGAAGUCAUACUCUGCGCGGGCGCACUAAGCAGCCCCCAGCUCCUCCUCCUAAGUGGAAUCGGCCCCCGCGCCUAUCUCUCCUCCUGGGGCAUUCCCGUUGCUGUCCACCUCCCAGACGUUGCUCAGAACAUGGCCGACAAUCCCCGCAACGGCAUCUCCAUCAUCCCUCCAGGCCCCCCUCUCGACCACUCCUUGAUCCAGGUAGUCGGCAUCACGCAAUCCAACGCCGGUGACGCCGGCCCUUUCCUCGAAGCCGCCUCCAACAUUAUACCCUUCUUCUCCACCCCUCGCCUUCCCCCCUUCCUCCACCCCCACACCACCACCACCCCUCUCUACCUCACCGUCGCCACCCUCAUCGAAAAAGCCCCUGGCCCCAAGUCAUUCGGAUCUCUCCGCCUCGCCUCUCUCGACUCCAGGGACAACCCCGUCGUCCGCUUCAACUACUUCUCCAACCCUGACGACCUCGCCGCCUGCGUCAGCGGAACAAGGAAGGUGGCCCAGGUGCUGGCCGGGAGAUCGAUGGAUGAGUUCCGCGUCCCACCAGGUUGGUUCGGUAACGGCCGUGAGAGAAGAGACUUCAGGUUCAUCGGCUCCGAGCUACCGGAGAACAUGGACGACGAUGCAUCAGUCAAGGACUUCUGUAGACGCACUGUGGCGACGAUAUGGCAUUACCACGGAGGUUGUCUUGUUGGCAAAGUGGUGGACCAGAAUUACAAGGUUAUAGGUGUGGGUUCUCUCCGUGUCAUUGACGGCUCCACCUUCUCUGUCUCUCCUGGAACUAAUCCUCAGGCCACUCUCAUGAUGAUGGGCCGGUAUAUGGGGAGGAAGAUGAACGAGGAGAGGCGGAUGAUGGAGAGAAGAAGGAAUAGAAGAAGAUCUACUUCUAGUCCACCUCCACCAGUGCCUUAUCAUGCUUAGAGACACAGCAGUAUUGUUCAAUCAAUCUUUCUUCUCUUGAUUUGCCAUUCUCUGAUGUCUUGUUCCUUGGUGAGAUACUUUUGGUUCUUAGUUUUUAAUUUCACUGGAUUUUUCAUCUUUCUGCUUACUUUUUAAAACUGAUGAUAAUUCAUUUCAGAACUGUGAUUAGUGGUCGAGUGUGAUAUGUAAUAAUUGGAUAUAAUGAUGUAUGACUUGCCUACCAAGAUUUGGCUGCUUGAUUCUCCUGA